AUGCCUAUCAGACUGGCCAGGAUUUACUUCAGGCGGCUGACCAUCUGGAGCAGUCUUUUGUUGUUGACCACGGGCUACUUCCUAUUCUCAGACGUGUUGCCCGACGUGGCCAAUCAUGCCCUACGCAAGCCCCUUCGCUCGCAGUGGCAUCCUAUCGACCGCUUAAUCGAUGAGGUCAACAUGACCUUUCACCGCCUCCUGCAGUCACGCUCAACAAACUUGAGCGAUGCAGCAGCGCGCUACCGCGAGCGGCGGGGCCGUCACCCGCCGCCUGGUUUCGGCGCGUGGUGGUAG